AGUCUGUCAACUCGCUCUGUACCACACGCUAAACGAAAGACUAGAAGGCGUGAGCACGAGUUUACGUCACAAGCUCGACAAGAUGGAGGCGGCAGAAGAAGAAGAUAUAUGCCGAGUAUGUCGUUCAGAGGGAACUACUGAGAAGCCUCUUUAUCAUCCAUGUGUGUGUACUGGUAGUAUUAAAUUCAUUCAUCAAGAGUGCUUAGUUCAAUGGCUUAAACACAGCAGAAAAGAAUACUGUGAACUAUGCAAGCACAGAUUUGCUUUUACACCAAUUUAUUCUCCAGACAUGCCUUCCCGGCUUCCAAUACAGGACAUCUGUGCUGGGUUAAUUACAAGUAUUGGCACGGCAAUUCGAUACUGGUUUCACUAUACAUUAGUGGCCUUUGCCUGGCUGGGAGUUGUACCGCUUACAGCAUGUCGUAUAUACAAGUGUUUGUUUACUGGCUCUGUGAGCUCACUACUGACUCUACCGUUAGACAUGCUGUCCACGGAAAAUUUAUUAGCAGACUGUUUACAGGGGUGCUUUGUUGUUACAUGCACACUCUGUGCAUUUAUAAGUCUUGUUUGGUUACGUGAGCAAAUCAUCCAUGGUGGUGCUCCACAGUGGCUGGAGCAAAAUCUUCCUCAUCCUCUAAAUGGCUUGGGGCAGCAAAAUGUGGUGCAAGAAGGUGGUAAUUUAAAUGCAGAAAAUGUUGCUCUUGUCCAACUUGCCAACCCUCCAUUAGAAAAUGUGGUCAUUGGUGAAAAUCCUGAGAUACUAGAGGAACAGGCGAAUGAAGAUGAAGAAAAUGAUGAAGAUGAUGCAGUAAUGGAGGAUGCAGCUGAUGGAAACAAUGGGGUGCAAG